CGGGACAGCAAAGAUGUCCGCGCUCAUUUGAAAACUUAUAGCCAAAUCACCAAUUUGGCACAACAAUUCAGUUGUUUUUAUGUCACCACGAGUGACGACGUUGCAUUCAAGCAAGCCGCAAAGUAAGGAAAGACGAGGACUCCGCGACAAGAGCCAGACUAUUCCUUAUUAUCAGAAAUAAUGCUGAAAUCUGGAACUCAUGUCGGAAGUCGUGUAUGAAGAGACAGCCACGAUGAUUGCAGCAGGGGAAUUGCAGCCGUUUGUCCCAUUUGGCCGCGAGCACUGCAGGAACCAUCCAAAUGCCUUCAACCUGCAGCUCAGAGAGCUCCAACCUGCCUCUGAGCUGUGGUCGUCUGAUGGUGCUGCUGGCCUAGUAGGGUCCUUGCAGGAAGUCAGUCUGCAGGAGAGAGAGAGGGAAUGCUGGCAGCUCAGGAAAGGCUGUGCUGGAGUCAAAGAGGAAGAUGUGGAGUUUGAAGAGGAGUUGUAUGCAGCAGGAAACAUGGUUGUGUGGAGCAAGGGCAGUCGGGAACAAGCCUCCAGCGUAUACAAGGCCUUCACUGUUGAUAGCACAGUACAGCAGGCUUUAUGGUGUAACUUUGCAGUCCCUCACAAGAACAAUGCUGUGGAAGAUUUGGAGCACACUGUGUGUAUCGUCCAGAGUAGUUGUAUUAAUGUGCACACUGUUACUGGAAAGGACUUUAUUUCGCCACUGCCCUUCCAGGUUUCAAAUGUCUGGGCAACUGAGUUUGGGCUUUUGUUGGAAAGGAAGAACACAGCAAAUGAGACACAGCUUAGCUCCCCUGGUGACCCUCUGCCUACAGUGUUCAGCAUGCUACAUCCACUGGAUGAGAUCGCACCAGUUGUGUGCAAACCUUCAGGCCUAUUCGAAGGCUCUUGUGUGCAGUAUGCAUCUGACUCCACCAUGAAAAUAGUGUUCACCUGUUGCCAGCCCUCUAUAGUCGUAUCAUACGACUCCGUACAGGGAACGCACUCCGUCUGGGCCCUGCGUAGAGUCACCCACAAUGAGCGUUCCAAAGUACUGAGGUGUCCGACAGACCCGGUUGGGACACCUUUGGGUAUGAUGUCUUCAAGCUUCCUCACCUCUCAUUUGCGUAACAUGUCCCGCCUUGACUCCCCUGGUAGCGGUGGAGCAACUGGGCUAGGUCCUGGAACUGGAACAAGUUGUGCUGUUGGAUCUCCACUGCACUACAGUGUUCUGCACAGUCACCAGAACAGGACCAUGACAUCCUCACCAGGGAUACACUCCCGAGUUCACUCACCGAGUAUCUCCAACAUGGCUGCCCUAAGUCGCGCCCACUCUCCAGGCAUGGCAGCGCCGUCAUUUUCAGGCGCGUCUCGCUUCAGCACAUCUUUCCACAGCCCAUCCCCCAGAGGGCAUCAUGGCUUGUUACCCUCAUUUAACAGCACUGUCAACGAGACAAUGCUGAUGCCAGAGAUGGAGCCCAUCAUACCUGACUUGUGCAUGGAGCAGCUCUGGAGUGAGACAAUCACAGCUGGUUUUCACAGGGAGAUGAGCAGCCAGGCAUCUAAAGUAUUCCUGACCUCUGACUUCUGUGAAAACCGCUACCUUUGUUUCCUGGUGGAAUCUCAUCAACAGCUCAGAUGUGUGAAGUUUAUUGAGAGCAACGAUACAACUCAGCUGAUCUUCCCCUCUGUCACAACCAUCCCUGCCAAAGAUGCAGAACCUCUACAAAAUAUAGAUGCCAUGUUGGUUCUGGAGGCCAGUGGCAGUCUGGUUCUUUACACAGGAAUCACCAGGGUCAGUAAAGUGUUUGUUCCUGGGCUCCUGUCCCCCUCCUUCAGCCUAACCAACCACCUCCCUCACUUCAGUGUGCCUGUGGAGAAUGUUAGCACACCUGCCAAUGCUGGCAGUAGACACAUCCAAAGACUUGAUGAGGAUGGUAUGCCUUCACCGGUAUCAGAGCUGAGGUGUCCCAACAUUAAACGUCAUGACGCUUCACUUUUGGAAGAUUACACCUUCCAACAUACCGUUCCUUACAUCCAUGCGUUGCGAGACCCUGUCUGCAGCCAGGUCACUCUGGAACUAAGCAGUGGCACGAUGCUGAGGAUCUCAGUCCCCGAGCUUGCUACUUCAGAUCUGGUGAGGAAGUGUCUUCAGGCAGUUCGGUUCAUCCUGCCAAAAGAAGCUGCCAUGAAGGUUUUAGUAAAGUGGUACAACAUCUACAAUGCCCCUGGUGGACCCAGUGCUCAUGCAGAGUGGAACCUGUUUGUCACCUGUUUUCUGACACUCAUGGGUUAUAACACGGAGCGCCUGGCCUGGACCCGACAGCUCCAUUUUGAAGUCCCGCUCUCCCCAGUGAUUGCAGCCAAGAAGGCUCGUCCCUCUGACGGAGGCUCUGAUGAGGACUGGGAUUACUUGGUGGCUUCUCAUUACCAUCGACAGAUGAGUUCUCAGCCUGUGUUUGGAUCAGUGGAAUCCAGUUUCACCAAUAAAACCAUCCCCACAGACACCGAUGGCCUGUUCUCUGCUUCUCCAUCCAAUGCCUCUCUGAAGUUGGACAGUUCGGCCCCUCUGUUUCCUCACAUUCCUGCCCUUUUCUAUGUUCUCCAUCUGCUUUAUCAGGAGCUGCAGCUGGAUGAGCUGCACAGAGCGAGAGCCUCCUCAUUGGUCUGUCUGCUGCAGCAACUAGCAAGAGACCUGCAUUUGGAGGAGUUUGUUGAUCUUUACUGGAGGGACUACCCUGCAUUAAUGAGUUGCUUUUCUGAGAGCUGCAUCAUAGACCAGGCUCUGAUUGGUCAGAUGCAGCGUCCGUCCUUCCUGACGUCUGAGCCUCCUUGUGUGUUCAGCUGGCUCAGUAGAUGCUUGAGAGGGGAGGAGAACCCGCCUUUCCCAUACCUGCCUGGAAUCUGUCAGAGCACCAGGCUGUUGGUUCUGAGUUAUGCACUCUACAUCAUUGGAGAUGAAAAUGCUACUUCGACAGAUGUGUCAAAGUAUCUGGUCAAAGUGUCUGCUGUUCAGAAGUCCCGUGUUAGUGAACCACCCCCCAGAAGACAGAGCAGUGUGAAGGUGAAGUUUUCCAGUAAGAGUCUGGCUGAGCAGCUGGUGGUCUGGCUUACUUCAGAGGGUUUUACUCUGAAAGACUUGGAGUCUGUCCCUUUCGGUGUUGCUUUGCCUAUCCGAGAGGCCAUCUAUCGAUGCCGGGAGCAGCCAUGUUCCGAUUGGUUAGAGGAGGUUUGUCUGCUGAUUGGACGACAGGACCUGACCAAACAGGCCCACAAGACAACUCUAGCCAAGAGUAAAGCUUCUGUAGGUUCAGGGCUGUCGUUAAAGCCUCCUGCAACCACAGAAGCAGAUGAGGAAGAAGAUGGGAUGUCAGACAUAAUUCAAGAGGUCACAGGACUGAUCUGGAGUCAGGAUCUGAGGGUCCAGGAGGUCAGGAGGCUACUGCAGAGCUCCAGGCCUGUCCGGGUCAGUGUUGUUCAACUGCCAGAAGUUUCUGACCACGAGUACAUUGAAGAGAAAGAGAACAAACUCCUUCAGUUGUGUCAGAGGACAAUGGCUCUUCCAGUUGGCAGAGGCCUCUUCACGCUGUUUUCCUAUCACCCCGUACCAACUGAACCUUUACCAGUGCCGAAACUGAAUCUUACAGGCCGUGCCCCUCCCAGGAACACUACAGUAGAUCUCAAUAGUGGAAACAUCGAUGUUCCCCCCAACAUGACCAGCUGGCCGAGCUUCCAUAAUGGUGUGGCUGCAGGACUCAAAAUAGCCCCUGCUUCACAGGUGGACUCAGCCUGGAUUGCCUACAACAAGCCAAAAAGCCCUGAGUUGGCUAAUGAAUAUGCAGGCUUCCUUAUGGCGUUGGGGCUGAAUGGACACCUCACCAAGUUGGCCACACUCAACAUACAUGACUACCUCACCAAGGGCCAUGAGAUGACCAGCAUUGGACUCCUGCUGGGUGUGUCUUCAGCCAAACUGGGCUCUAUGGACAUGUCAAUCACCCGCCUGCUCAGUAUCCACAUCCCUGCCCUCCUUCCCCCGACCUCCACUGAGCUGGAUGUACCACACAAUGUACAGGUUGCAGCUGUAAUUGGUAUUGGACUGGUGUAUCAGGGAACAGGACACAGACAUAAUGCAGAAGUUUUGUUAUCUGAGAUAGGUCGUCCUCCUGGUCCAGAGAUGGAGUACUGUACUGACAGAGAGUCUUAUUCACUAGCUGCUGGACUCGCCCUGGGCAUGGUCUGUCUUGGGCAUGGCAGCAACCUUAUUGGGAUGACAGACCUUAAUGUGCCUGAGCAGUUGUACCAGUACAUGGUUGGAGGCCAUCGUAGAGCUCAGGCUGGGGCCAGUCGGGAGAGACACAAGUCCCCCAGCUACCAAAUCAAGGAGGGUGACACAAUAAAUGUAGACGUGACGUGUCCAGGAGCCACACUGGCCCUUGCAAUGAUCUACCUCAAGACCAACAACGGAUCGAUAGCUGAUUGGCUGAAACCUCCAGACACUUGGUUCCUGCUGGACUUUAUUAAACCAGAGUUUCUGCUGUUGAGGACUCUUGCUCGAUGUAUUAUCAUGUGGGAUGAAAUUCUCCCUAAUACUGAGUGGGUAAAGAGUAACAUACCCCAGAUCAUGAGGGGAAAUUUUGACCCUUCUGAAGACUUUAAUAUGGAGGCAAUGGCCCAAGCUCAAGACUACAUUACAGCCGGAGCCUGUUUGGCAUUAGGUUUACGCUUUGCUGGCUCUGCCAAUUCUGAUGCCUUCGACUGCCUCUAUGAGUUUGCCAUGACAUUUAUGAAGAUCAUGUCCUUUGCUGGUACAGGUGCUGUGGUUGCUCAGACGGGUUAUUACAACCUACAAACUGGCCUGUCGAUGAUUCUCCUGGCUAUGUCCAUGGUGAUGUCUGGUACCGGGAACCUGAAAGUCCUGCAGCUAUGUCGUUUCCUCCAUAAGCGAACUGGUGGUGAAAUGAAUUAUGGCUUCCACAUGGCCCAUCACAUGGCUCUGGGUCUGCUCUUCCUGGGAGGAGGCAGGUACACCCUCAGCACCUCGAAUUCAGCCAUCGCUGCUCUUCUCUGUGCCUUGUACCCACACUUCCCUGCCCACAGUACUGACAACCGCUACCACUUGCAGGCCCUGCGGCACCUUGCUGUGCUGGCUGCAGAGCCACGACUGCUGGUUCCUGUAGAUGUGGACUCCCUGAAGCCUUGUUACGCCCUCUUGGAGGUCACAUAUAAGGGGACCAAGUGGUACAAUGAGACAACAGUAGAACUGAUGGCUCCUACCAUGCUUCCUGAGCUGCACCUUCUCAAACGGGUAAAGGUGAAGGGUCCACGCUACUGGGAACUAUCCAUAGAUCUCAGCAAAGAAACGCAUCACCUGAAGUCCAUUCUGUCCAGAGAUGGAGUCUUGUAUGUAAAACUAAGGGCCGGCCAGCUGCCCUACAAAGACGACCCUCAGGGAUGGAAGAGCCUGCUGGCUACAACCGUCAACCACAGAAACUCUGGAGUCAGAGCCUUCAAGCCUGAAGCCAUCUCUACUUUCACCUCUGAGCCGGCUCUCAUCUCCUUUGCCGAGUUCUUCUGUAAAACCACUGACGGGACAAAACAUAGAGAAGACACUCUGGUAUUGUUUUCUGUAAUGCUGUAUGAAUGUGUGACCCAGGAGUGUCCAGAGAUAAUGCCGACAUAUAUCGCUAUUGAGCAGGCUGUAGGCGCCUUGUGUCGCAGUGACCUACAGGAGACCUUUUCCUUGUGGCAGCUACGUCUGGUGGUGGAGAUGUGGGAAAGCAGGAUGCUGCGAGGUCCUGCUAAUCGCCAUGACACCUUGCUCACCUCAGAGUUUCUGCCAGUAAUGAAGAACGCAGUGGAUGUAGCUCUGGACAAAUGGCUCAGAGACAACAGCUCCGUCCUGAGGUCCUACAUGAGGGGUGAGAUACUUUCUAAGGAUGCCCAGUCCAUCAUGCUGGCCUGUUUCCUCGUGUACCAUUCCAUCCCCUGUCUCAAGAACACACACACACAGCUGGAGGGCUGCAGCUCAUUUGGUGAUUUAUUGUCACGAAGCAGCCAGCUGGGCAUCCCUCUGAGAGACCUGCUGAGGCUAGCACCUGUGCUGCUGGGUUCUGCAUGUGGGUCACAGACGUUGCUGGGAUUCUCUCUGCCUGCAUUUUCAUCUUGAUGCUUAGAACUAGUCAGCCGACUGGUGAAACUCUGAGAUGCAGUUCAAGGUUUACACUGCAAGCACAGGUUGUUUUCAGUUCUACCUGGAAAAGCAGCCGUCAUUUGCAGCAUGUGACAAAAUCUGAUUUUUAGACAUCUUCAGUGUCAGUGCAUCACUGCAGGGUUACUGCCCAGCCUCUAAGCAAAACUCUUUGGACAAUUCAGGCUUUGUUUUGCAGCCUCUGGAAAAUGGAAUAAAUAUGAAUUUUUUUUGUAAGAUAGUAUUGUAAAUAGGAUUUUUUUACAGCACCAAGAUGGUAAGCUGCAGUGAUCAUGCAGUAGAUGUGCCAUUUUUGUGAUAUAGUCAAUUCAAACUGGGAUUGUUAUUGAAAGGGUUGCUCAAAAGGCCAACAGUAAGCAACUUUUUCUCAAACUGGCUAAACUAACAAGAAAAGAUGUGACUGCUCAUUAAAAAUGAAUGGGGCAAACUAGUCAUACUAGUGUCAGCGCUGCUUUUGAUGGCUUCAGGCUCAGGCAUCUGUACUGAGAACAUGCAGAGCAACACAUGACAAUAAAUGAUAAUAAAACAAUUAUCUUCUCCAGUAAAACUUCUUUUUUUUUUUUUUUACUCUUGAGCUUCAUUCAACAAGUUCCCACUGUCAUCACUACAGAUGCCUUAUUGUUUCCUCUACUUUUGUAUGUCUACACCUUAAAUAUAUAUAACAAUCCUGCAUUAACUGGAAAUUGUUUUUUUUUUAUAUCACUGAAACCUUGAGAGAAGUUCUGUCUCAGUUUUUUUGCUGUUACCCAUCACGUUUUGUUUAUUUAGCACAGAUGCUGUUGUGUUGGCAGCAUUGCAUCCCUGUGGUCAAGAUACAGGUCCUUUGAAGUUUAUUGAGGAUCAAAACCAGCUUUGUUGUGUUGUUUCGGUUGGUUCCCCACAUGAAAGGAUUCUCCUCAACUUCCAGUGUGGAAACGCUGAUACACUAGUCUGUAUUUACUACUUUCAGUUAUUGUGGGGAAAAAGCUUUGUUUCAGCUUUGUGCUUGUGUC